AUGACGAUUCCAGUUAUUGAUUUCUCAAAGGUUGAGGGAGAUGAGAGGGCCAAGACUAUGGCUCAGAUUGCAAAUUGCUGUGAAGAUUGGGGGUUCUUUCAGCUUAUCAACCAUGGAAUUUCUGAGGAGCUAUUGAAAAGGGUGAGGAAAGUGGCAUCUGAAUGUUACAAUCUUGAAAGAGAGCCAUUUUUCAAGAACUCGAAACCUGUGAAAUUGCUCGACGAGUUAUUAGAGAAAAAGAGCGACGAAAGAGUUGAAAAUGUCGAUUGGGAAGACGUGUUCUUGCUCUCAGACGAUAAUGACGAAGAGUGGCCUUCAAAAACUCGUGGUUUUCAGUAA